AUGCAACAUCUUUUGACAUUGAUGGAACGCGACAAAUACGUUUAUCGAUAUAGGAAGGUAGAUGGUUCAGAUGAGUUGAGGGACAUAUUUUGGGCCCAUCCAGACGCUAUCACUCUUGUGAAUAAUUUUCACAUAAUAUUGAUUAUGGAUAGCACUUACAAGACCUGUAGAUAUCGAAUGCUAUUACUUGAGAUUAUUGGUGUUACAUCUACUGAAAUGACAUUUUGUGUGGGAUUUGCAUAUCUACAGUCUGAGCGUGUUGAUAACUUCACAUGGGCACUACAAAUGGUGAAAGAACAUAUUACAAGUGGUGAAGUUGAAGUCAUCGUUACUGAUAGAGACCUUGCUUUGAUGAACGCAGUUGAAAAUAUUUUUCCAAAAGCAGUAAAUUUAUUAUGCUUGUUUCAUAUAUGCAAGAAUGUCAAAGCCAAGUGCAAGAUGACCGUGUUUCCAAAAAAGAAGCAAGUGCAAAUAAUGGAGGCAUGGGAGGCUCUUAUUUACAGUUAUGAUGAGGCUCAGUACUACAUGAAGUUGGCUAUCUUUGAAGGAAUUUGUAGUAGCUGUUCUAUUUUUUAUGAUUAUGUACACGAGCAGUGGUUAAUUCCUCACAAGGAAAGGUUUGUUGAGGCGUGGACAAAUAGAGUUAUGCACUUUGGGAACACCACAACACAAAUGGUUGAGUCGGCACAUUGGAGUUUGAAAAGGAUAUUACAAGAUAGUAUUGGUGAUAUAUGCAGUGUUUGGGAAACCAUCAAUAGCAUGAUUAGUAACAGAUUAUACGCGAAUUUGCGUGGUGUUGUGUCAAAAAAUGCAAUUGAUCACAUUGCGGCAGAGUAUGAUCGCGUGAAGUAUGUAGGUAUUGAUCAGACUGAGUGUCGUUGCACAAUUAGGACAACACAUGGUCUACCUUGUGCAUGUGAAAUAGCCAAGUAUAGUAUGAUCCCACGUUCCAUUCCAUUAGACGUUAUUCAUGGUUGGUGGAGUAAAUUAACUUUCCAUAUUGAUGCAUCGAGUCAACCUUCAGAGUUAUCUGUGAAACAUGAAAUAGAUGUCAUAGUGAAAAAGUUUGAAGAACUUGAUGUACCUGGCAAAAUUUCACUUAAAGGUAAAUUACGAGAGAUCGCGUAUCCAUCGACUACGUCGAUGUUUCCACCGGUUGCCAAGGUUAAAACAAAAGGUGCACCAAAAAAAGGCAAAAGUAAGGUAUCAAAAAGAGAUAAAUCAACCAAGCGUGAUCCAUCUUGGUGGGAGUAUGUGGAUGCAAGUGUUCGAUGUAGUGGUACAAAUGCAUGUAGCACUAUAGAUACCAGUAAAGUAGAAAAGCUAGCACCUCGACCAUCAGUCCAAAAGCUCACACAUCGACCAUCAAUUAGCAAAGUUCAACAACCAAGAGUUCUCCUCUUCAAAGAUUGGUUGCCAGUUGAAAUUCAUAAAUUCAUAGAUGACAUUAUUGAUGUCGGUGAUGAUGGUAAUUGUGGAUAUCGUGCAGUUGCAGCUUUACUUGGAAUGGGUGAGAACUGUUGGGCAUUCAUCCGUCAACAGUGUGUGAUAGAGCUACAAGAGUUCAUGUCUCAUUACGAGAUACUAUUUGGUGGAGAAAAUUAUGUUCGACAACUUAUACACAAUGUGUAUGUUGAGCAAGUUGCGUCGAAGGAUAAUUGGAUGACACUUCCAGAAAUGGGAUAUGUGAUUGCUUCGAAGUUUAACGUGGUUGUCGUCGCAUUAUCACUUAACCAAUCACAAACAUAUUUUCCACUUCGGAGUCCACCACCAACAUCUAUGUCAGAUCAUCGUGUGAUUGUUAUUGCAUUUGUUAACAACUGUCAUUUCGUACAGGUUUACUUAAAGUCAUAUUCCCCUAUACCACCAGCAAGUAAUUUGUGGAAAAAUUAUUGCAAUGAAGAAGCACGACAAUGAGAAUUUAUUUCCAGGGAUCGCAUGCAACAUUGGUUGCAGAUAUUACCAGAAACUAUAAAUGAAGUUAUUGUAAACUGAAUUGUUGAAUUCAAAUAUAAUGAAUAUCCAAAAUAUUGUAUGAAUUCAAAUAAUAUUGUAUGAAUUGUUGAAGUUGUAAACUGAAUUGUUUAAUUAAUAUAGUCGAAAUCCAAAAUAGAUAUCCAAUAUAUCCAAAAUAUCUGUAACCAA